UUGGGGGUAUACAAUCUAUCUAGAUUAGUCUUAUGUUUGGGAAAACUCGUGUAUUCGAGUUUUCAUGCGUUUUUCUUUCGGCGCAGAAUAUGGUCGCUAAUUUCGUAUUGCCGGCCACUGUCCGUCUGGUCCAGCGGGUUAAGACGCGGACUGCUAAACAAGUUUACGGGUUCGAAUCUCGCCCGGUGACUAACUUUUGUUUUUUUUUAUAUGUUCAAGUUUAUAUAUAUUUUUUUAAUUUUUAUUGUUUUAGACAAGUUUCAUUUAGUAAAAAAAAUGUAGUUAAGAUAAUCACCUAUACACCACCAUAUUACAAUAAAUAGUUAUAACCGAGCAAAGCUCGGUCGCCCAGGUACUACAUAUAUUAAAUGGAGUUGGAUAUGUAUAAAGACUAAAAUACAUAGAAAUUAUCAAUAACUCAGCAAAAAAUAAUCAUGAUAAACACACAAAUAAAUACUUUUAUUGGUAAUUGAACCUAGUAACUCCAGCUUCGUAGGCAGGGUCACUCCUGACUUAGCUAGGAAGCCAUGAGCAUGUACAUACAUAGUGACCUAGCCUAAGCGUUUCUGUAUCAUUUCAAAUCCUGAAACGCUGACUGAUCCAUAUCUAUUCUCAGGAGCUGCCCCAAAGCUAUCCUCGCUACUACGCCUAGCAUCUCUAGUUCCGCCCGCACAUGCGAUUCCGCUGCGUGCUUGCGGCCCGCAACUGCGGGGGCUCGUUCACCACGCCGCUACGCUAAACGCCGCUAAAGCUUUAUUUGCGGGGGCCAGUGACUUGUAUAAGUCGAUACGUCUGCACAGAUGUCAGGAUGAAGCUACGCUGCACGCGGCAUGCCUCGCCCUAGUGCAGUCUCCUGAAGAUGUUCACAUAGAUAUUGGUGAAAUGCUGACCGCGCUGCAAGUAAUAUUUUCUAGCGACGUUGAACCGAAGAUUCAUAUAGAGGCUUUAAGAAAAUUCGACCAUUUACUCACUAGGGAGAAAAGUCCGGACAUCGACUUUCGUGAUGUAAUACGCUCGGUCGAGAAACUGAGAGCGCGUGGCGACCGAACGGACCGAGAUGUACGGAUACUGCACAGAGAAAUCACAAUUUUCUUAGGCAAGCACGGGAACGUGGAUAUGAACAAUAACAGAGAUACUUGGGACGACACCGUUGUGGUCGACUUGAAGAAAUCCCUCGUUCUGACGUUGCCGCAUCAGGGGACUUCGUAUAAGGUGGACCUGAAGACGAUAUUGCUGCUGGCGUUACAGCACGAAGACCCGCGCGCGUUGCUGACGCUACUGGCCAUGUUGUGUGCCAAUUUGUCGUCCAAUAAGGACGCAAACACACAACGAGCAAUAAUGCGGGUGGCGCGUUCUUUAGCGAACGCCCACGCCAUGGGCGGCGGCGAUUACACCGCGCCGAUACAACAGGCCGUGCGGCUGUGUGACACAGCUGGCAUGGAUCUGCUGCAGUACAUAAGCAGCAGUAAGUCGUGCGGGGCUCGCAAACUGCUGGCCACAGCCGUGGCCACGGUCUGUGAGGAGCCCGACGGGCUGCAGAGGGUCGCAGAGCGCGCCGCCGUCAUGUUGGCUAGCACUCAAUCCACGAUCAAACGCGCCGGCCUCGACAUCGCAGAAACCAUACUAACGUCGCUAGAAAACAACCACGCUCUAAGUAAAACAAUGCUGCCCGAACUUGUCACACUUAUAGCAAAAACUUACGAAUCCAACACCGAAAAUAUAUUCAAAAUCGCAUCGAAAGCGUUCAUAGACAAAAAACAACUUUUCGAUAAAGACGCAAUCAGGGAAACAGUAAUUAUCCUUUUGGAUAAUGUAUUGAAAAACAAUUUAUCCGAUGUCAAGAUUUUCAAAGAUACUGUCAAACUGACGAUUGGAUUUAUCAAGGAUUUACGAGAUGUCGAAUUAGAUGAAUUGUUAAAUAUUAUUUUUGACAGUAAAAAUUAUGUCAAUGUCAAAACGCUGUAUGUGUUGGCAGUUAUGAAGAGUGAGUUUGAUUUUGACAGUGAAAUGUCAAGAAAGAUUUUAGGGAGGGAUGAUUGUAUUUUAUUAAAAUGUUUGCUGGGAUUGUCAAUCGAUCAAAACGACGUCUUCAAAAUGGAGGUGAUCUUGAAAUUUUUAGAGAAAUAUUCUGAAGGCAUAUUGGAGCUGAAAUAUAUGGAAGCAAUACAAUUAAUAUCAGACAUAAUCACAACUUUCACACCAACAUUAGUGAAAGAAUUGCGUAAAAACAUCAAACUAUGUUUCACAUAUCUGAAAAAACACUGGAAAAACAUUCCAAAGACAAUAAUUGUGAGCAUUCAAACCUGGUUGAAUACGCUGCCUAUUAAAAAAAUAAUGGAAUCCAUAGAGCAUGAACUUUUCACGAACGAACAUCACUUAUACAUACAAGCUUUUAACAUAAUGUCAAAUAUAUUUGACGUGUCAGAACUCAUUUCACCAGAUGUCAAAAUACAAAUGUCAAAAUGGCCAAUAUAUUUGAUGAAAUUAUACGCGUCUGGUAGAUUAGAAGAAUAUUUCUACGAAGAAAUGUCAUAUUUCAAUGACAUGUUGACAGUCAGUUUAAGGUUUUUGACAGCAGAAGAUGUAAAGAAGAUUUUGAAAGAGUUGCCCAAACAUGGCAUCUCGUUUGGGGCAUUCUUCAUUGAAGGGUGUUUUGAAGUAUUGACUGAAAAACCUUUCAUAUUGAUGGAAGAUGAAGUAAAGGAAUGUAGCGUUCUUUUGAAUGAUGUAGUAAGGAUGGCUGUGAAGAAAAGUUUCAAGGGACAGUAUGAAAAUGUGCUGGAAUUGGUGGAUAAGCUCUGGCCCACGUACGAAAAGCACGCGACCUUUGUCCAAAAGCACUGUCUUCUAGCCAACCUGCAGUGCCUCGGACCGGGGCAGGAAUCGAACCCCCUACAAUGGGCUACACGGGUCGUAUGUUCGCGAGAUGCGUCGCUCGACCAACGGACGAAGCUCUUGUGUUUCCUACCGGAGGAGACAUUCAAGCUGCCGGAAGUGAAGGCCUCAGUGUCCUCGUUAUUCCCGGCGCGCCUGAGGGAGCUCCGGCCCGCGCUGCUGGAGGCGGCCGCGACGCGCCCCGCGGCCCUGCUGCCGACUGUAGCAGCGCUCGCUGGCAACGACACAAGCACGGGCUGGUGGGACACGGCGCUAGAGUCCUGUGUGGCCGCGUCAGCUAAACGGAACAGCAUGGAAUUGUGUGGAACACUGUUCCACAAAUGUCAAGGCGAGAGGGCCUGCGAGCGCGUACUAGUACCAUUGUUAAGGCACUCAUCAACAGACAUCUUCGAGGGAUUCCUAGCGUCAGUGCUCGACCGAAUCCUGGGUAACCUCAAGAAGAGACCUAAAAGCGACCCGGCGCAUCCCAGCUACAGGAAAUGCUGGGAGGAGUACAUGAUCAGUCUGUAUUUGUUGCUAGUCGCUUUUGAAAAGCUGCCCACUUCGUCUUUAGAAUCACCAGCAUCAGUUUUAUACAGUUCAACGAAAUCUACUCCCUGGCACCUUGUGAGGGAAACGUGCAGUCUUUGCCACCAUCUCAGAGAGAAUUUACAUUGUCCAUUGCCAGAUGAUCAGCUUUACACUUUGUACAGAAAGCUCCAAUGCCUGAUAUACAAUGUGAUGUGUGCCGCCAUCUGCCGGCGACGGCCGCCGGCGCCUCUAUACGAACAGCUGCUCGGUACAGACGCGUUACAGAGAAUUGUCGAUGAGAAGGAAGAAUAUGUGCUACCUAUACGCGCUAGCUGGACGCAACGCACCAAAUUACUCCCCGUGGCGGUCCCGCUCGAGCCCAGCACCCUGUCUCCCUCGCACACGCAGCGCUCUCGCAUCUUCCUUCGCACUCUCUCCGAGGAUCCUAACCUGUUUGAUCUACACACCAGUGAAGAAAAACAAAUGGAGGUACAGGAUAUAUCCCUCGUAGAGACGCCACUGAACUGUCACCCUUGCGCCGGCACGCUCACGGCGUUACUCCGCCACGCGGCCGGCGUGGCGACGCUGGCGAGUCUGUGGCGUGCCCUGGCGUGUUUACUGAAAGAAGGGACCUCGGGGAAGAAUCUCAAGUGGUUACUCGCUCAGGUGAUCUGCAACUGUAAAGAAGAGCUGAAGCCGCAAGCUAGUGUUCUUGCGCCGGGUUUGCUCGCGGUGCUCGCCUCCGUUGAGGACGGGAGGUGUAUGAACGGACUGCAUUUGGAUAUACUUGACACCAUAUUAUACUGGAAAGAAGACCUCUCCAGCGAAGACCUUAACAUCAUCACCCACCACCUCAUCAGGACGUGUAUGGAAAAUCGUCGUAAAAACGUAUUCGAUGGUUUGCUGAGGAGUCUGCAGGCGUUCUUGGAGUUGUAUGGGAGUGUAAAAGUUGAGUGGAAGAGCUUUGAGGCGUAUUAUGAAGAUCAACACAACGACACACAAAAGGCGUUAUUCAAAACAAUCAAAACGAUAUCCAAAAUCAAAUACAUACCCACAAUUUUGUCUAAACUCGUGGCAAAAUUAGACACGGAUCCAUCCAAUGUGGCCGAAUGUUUCGGCCUGGCCAUGGCGUGUGGGGUGCCCAGUGAAAAGGGACCAGCCUUGGGUGAAUUCAGGAGAUAUUUGGACAAGUGUAAUGUGAUUACGUGUUAUGUUCGUGUGUUGUAUUAUGCCUCGGUGGGGUGUGCGGAAUGUUGCGGCGAACAAGAAUUUAGGAAAAUAGCGGACUACGUAACCAAAGUAACCUCUUCAGACCGUACCAAGUGCCUCCACAUACUGUCAUGUUACCUGUCACGAGGGCGCCGUAGCGAAUAUAUUAUUGACAUGUUUGAUACUAUAGAUCUACCUCAUAUGAUCGACAAGGACCAGAAAGCUCUGCUGCUAGUAAAGCACGGGUUGCCGCUGAUGGACGAGGCGAUGAAGAGGCGCUGCGUGGCUCAGAUAGCUGCAUUAAAGCCGGCCACGGCGAAGGUUAGGGGACUCGUGGUGGAAGUCAUGCAGAAGGCUUACGAAGAACUCUUCACCUCACCAACACAGCCACCAGCCAAGCGACAGAAGACAGGAACCACUCCCAUUCUCAGCGUGAGCAGAGAUGACGUGUACACCAACAGUGUACUGACUUGCCUCGGAGUGUAUGCUGUGGAUUCAGAUGCCGAAGUGGCGGGGGCAGCUAGGGAAGCGUUAGGGGCACACUUGGACAAAGACCUAGGAGCAAGAGUUGCAGAAUGCUUCUUUUUGGCCGUAUACUUACCCGCACACACAGACAAGCCGCCAGACGUGUGUGUGUGCGUGUGGGCAUUACUAGACAUGCUAUUCGGGGGAGUGCGGGGCGCGGAGGGAUUUAAAGAGAUACGAUUGAGGGAGGAGCCGCUACCAAGCAGGGAGGAGCCGGAGUCUAGAUUGCUGACGCUUAGCAAAACGUUCCAAGGCACGUUUGGGAGUUACAGCGCGACGAGAGGACAGACACGCACACGUGGCAGUCCCAGUACUCACAGCAGUCACGGUACAGUACCAGGCGUAAAUAAUUCUGCGAUUGACGUACAAAUUCCAAUCGACAAUAUAUUACAGACGCUGCUGGAUUUCGCUAAGACGUCACCAGAUGCCGCUCGCUCACUACUCACAGAAGUUCUACGCUCCGUUCUUUCAAACACCAAGUUUGAUGUGGCAUCUACACUAGUCCCACUGCUGGGCACAUUGCUGGGCCGAGAGCCCACGGAUCUGACGCCUUUGUACAUCGACGUGUGCAGAGUAUUAGAGGGGAAAGUGGGCCUUCUGGCCCCAGUGGAGAGGCUCCGAGCGGUUACAUCGGGCUCCGAAGGCGCCGCCCUCACGAGACUGUUAUAUGAAGAGGUCGCUAUGCGGUGCCUGGGAGACACCAUGUUCCAACUAGGACAGCCAGAGGUCAUCCAAGAUGUGGUUAUGAACGAGACAGCAACAUUCUCUAUUGAAGAUCUGAAGCAUGCUUUCGGGAAGCUAUCCAACUGGGAUGAUUUGCCCAUACAACAACAAAGGAGCUUAAAGAACUCCCUGCCUCCUCUCUGGACCGAUAGGGGGGACUUCAUUACUCGACUGGACUCGUAUCAAGGUACACGCAUUUUACCCUCUUCAUUUUCUAAAUUAAUGCCAUUUUUUUUUUUUUUUGCAUGCUUAUUAUUAGCUAAAUGCGAAUAUGUUCCAGUGCCUCAAACCGCGGAGAACUGGUUCGACAAGAUGGCUGCCGCGUGUAAGCGACAAUCUGUCGACACUUGGCGCUGGCUGCGGAGAGCCGACCAGUGGCCGAGGAGACACUUUGAGAUAUCUGCCAUAACAGAGGCGUUGUCAUGGCAACACGAUCCUACCGAAACCAUGCCCUCACAACCCUUCAACAGUUCCGACUGUCUCGCGGAAUGUGCCGCCAGGGUCAUGAUCAGGUCGUCAUAUUACAACUCACUCGUGCACAACGAAACAGAUGACAGGACGAGAAAGCUGUCUCGCUCGCACGAGUUGAAAUUGUGCAUGCGAGCGAAUGAGAUGGGCAUACCGAACGUCGCACUGCAAUGCGUUGAGAGAAACGUAGAAGAUCUGAGCAGAGACGAGGCGCUGGCUUGGUUGAGACAGAAGCUACUAGCGCUUCGAAAGCUGGCGCUCGAGCGGGAAAACUCGGAACUUUUGCGCGACGUACUGAAGAAAGCGGAAAAGUACACUCCGCUGUUCUCGAGCGACCCCUCACUGUGUAUAGAGAUGUACCAUCUGACGCUACUGGUUCAUAAUGAUUUAAAAUCUCUGCAGCACCAGGAUUUACAGUCAAUACUGAUGGAAGUAGACCGGUCGUCCUCACAGGUUGACUGGAGCACGUGCUCCAAAGAGGCCCUAAGCUCGGUGUUAGAGAUAGCCGUGGGUCACUAUGAUGAAGCACUGGAGGCAGGUACUACAGACACAGAACAUGCGCUAUCAAACAUGUCCGUGGUGGUCUCGCGCGCGGCCGCCCUCAACACGCCGAGGACUGACUUGUUGUUAGCUGUUCUACUGAACAGGCUGAACGGGUUCCAAGGACAACUGGAAACGGAAACCACACGAGGUUUAUUAGAGAAGCUCGCUCCUAUAUUACCCACUCUGGACGCGUUCUCCCUCCAGCUACUAGAGAAGAACGCGUAUAAGUUCCCACCAGAGCUCCAACGGACUUUAGCCGCCAUGCUGCCGAAGGAUGCCAGUGUGGAGAAAUACAGGAGGUGCCUGCAGCUGGUCUGCGAUCCAAAUCACUUGCUGACACAUUAUUGUGAGGAGCUCGUGGUGGCUUUGAGAAACAAAGAUCCUGUCAAAUGGAAGAGUACGUUGGAGAGAAUGAGAGAGAAGAUAUACGACAACCCGUACGCCGGACCGAGCUACAAGCUGCUCGACAAACAUAAGGACGAUUUGUACGGAAUGUUUGACUACGAGCCAACAUCAGAAUUCGCUUCCCGCGCAGAAUCCAAGCUGAAAUCUGUCGUCAUGUCCAUAAGAAGAGAACCUCAAUCAACCCUUAGACUAUCGGACCUCUGCCCAACACUACUGAAACCUCUGGACGAGGGGGUCGAGAGGUGGUUCGGCUUGAAGGGGGUUAACGUUCUCAAGUUUUAUGAUAAGGUCCAAGUGUUCACCGACUCGAUCCGCCGCCCCGCCGUCCUGUCCGCGUGGCUGUCGAGUGGCCGCGCGCUCCGCGUCGUGCAGAAGACGGGCGAGCCGCUCGCGCGCGACGCGGCGGCGCAGCACGUCGCGCGCGUCGCGUCACGAGCCACCGGCUAUACUGUGACGUUGCUAGACGAAGAGAGCGCCCUCAUCGAAUAUCUAGAAGGCCACGAACGACUGAGGACUAUGAUUGCCACCACUUGUAACUUAGAUGUGCUGCACACGGUGAGCCGGCCGGCCGACGCGCUGCUGGUGCAGUCCCCACUAGCCAGCUUACACUCACACGAACAGCUCUGCGCGAAAAUUCCCGCAAACGCUCUAAGAUCUGCUAUGGAACAGAGCAGCUCCUGCGUGGAGGACUUCAUUUGGAAGAAACGCAAUUUUACUGAGUCGCUCGCUGACAUGACUCUUCUCACCUGGCUGUUGGGUGUGGGCGACCGGCACCUGCAGAACGUCAUGUGUUCCCGCGCCGGCGCGCUGCGGGCGGUGGACUUCGGCGACGUGUGGCGCCGCGCCGAGCUGCCCGCCAGGCUCACGAGGAACUUGCUCGCAGUUGCGGAUAUUCCAGUACUAGAAGCGCGCUUGCAAUGUUCGCUGGCGGCCAUGCGGGGCUCCGCGCUGCUGCUGGAGGCGGCCGUGCGCGUCGCUUUCCAUUGGAUGGAGCCCGAGAUAGAGGAUCAGAUGCAGCACGUUCGCGGCAUCCUCCGCGGCGUGACGUCAUCGUACGACGUGUGUCGUGACGUCACAAACCGCUCCCAACUCAGAUAUAAAGAGAUGUAUAUACAGCUGCUGGACCGGACGCUUGGAGACUCGCGCAGGGAACGCUAUAGUGUUGAGGAACAGAUAUCCUGCUUGUUGCGGCACUGUACGUGUCCGGAGCUCCUGAGCGUUGUCCGCGCCGGCUGGGAGCCCUGGCUCUAGAGAUGGGUACUGAGCAAAUACUCAAGGGUAAAUACUGAGUAAAUACUCAGUAUUAACUCACCUCUACCCAUCCCUACCCGGCUCUAAUCUUUACAAACUUGAUAGCUUUAGCAGGCGUUCCAAACUCGGUGGUAAAUUUGAUUGUGAAUCUCAUAUAACGUUCAGGCGUACAGAAUUAAAUAGUGAGGUUGACGAGACAGCGCCCUUGAAUUUUUCGUCGAGACCAAAAUUUAAUUGACGACCGGUUUGGCCUAGUGGGUAGUGACCCUGCCUACGAACCUGAUGGUCCCGGGUUCAAAUCCUGGUAAGGGCAUUUAUUCGUGUGAUGAGCAUGGAUAUUUGUUCCUGAGUCAUGGAUGUUUUCUAUGUAUUUAAGUAUUUAUAAAUAUUUUUAUAUUAUAUAUAUCGUUGUCUUAGUACCCUCAACACAAGCCUUAUUGAGCUUACUGUGGGACUUAGUCAAUUUGUGUAAUAAUGUCCUAUAAUAUUUAUUUAUUUAUUAUUAAUUAGAUUGUGCGAAAAAUCGUCUCAUCUGGACAGUACUUUAUAUUCUUACUUUAUGGUUUAUGAAAUGCUUGUUGUGUAAGUUUAAUAUGAAGCUGAUGUGAUAUCACGGAAAUGUUUCCAAUUAAAACUAUUGUAUAUUGUUAACAAAUAAACCCGAAAUAGUUUUUGAAAUAUUAAAUAAAAGGUUUUUACUGAACAAAAAA